GGUGGUUUCACCUGGAGGCCUCCUCGUUUCUCUUCGCAAGUUAACUGCUACGCAUUUCACUGAAGAACUAUUUCCUAUGGAUGAACUAAACACUCUAACACUAAAAUUAAUUCAAAAUCAGGCAGCAAAGCCAGUCGCACAGGAAUAACCAUGGCCACAAAUAAAGUGGUCAUUGAAGCCCAAAAGCUGGAGCCUCGUGGGCCACUAGGGGACGGAGACGCUUCUGUUCAAGUCAGGAUAUUACAGGUCCCAGCCAAAUGUGGACCCAUCAAGGUCAUUCAGCCUCCACCUCCUGCUGCAAGCGGCCCGAAGGGUGACUCUGUAUCCGCCCCAUCUAAAGUUACCUCCUGUGGCCAGGGGCACCAACCUACCUCCUCCUCCUCAGUCACGGUGUCGGUGCCUCACUCCUCCCCUUCCUCUGUUGUGGUGGUUGCGAAGGCUGUGACCCCGGGAGGAGUGAGCGCCGGCAGCCAGCAGGUAGCCAAACAGGCUCUAAGCCAGAUGGCUUCCAAGAAACAGGUCACAACCACAGGAAGCGCAAUGGUCAUAACUGUACCCAGGUCGGCAGCGUCACAGGCGGUCGCCCCUCAGCGGCCGCAGACGGCAUCCCCACAGCUCCCAGGCAAUAUCCACAUACCACCAGGUAUGAUGCUAAUCCGUAGCGACGGUGGUCAGCUGAUGCUGGUUUCCCAGCAGGCUCUGGCACAGGCACAACAGGGAUCCAGACUUGUUCGCGGUCAAGCACCGAGAAUACUGGCCCCACAGAUAUCUGCAGCUGCUGGAAGUAAAAAUAACGAGAAAGUGACCGUGAUCAGGUUGGCAGCCCCUUCCAGUUUCCAGCCUGCAUCAGCCCAAAAGACAAUGGUAAUCGGUGCUCCUCCGAAAUCAGCUGUGGUGCAGUCCGUCAGUGAGCAUGGAAGCCACCGUCACAUUCAGGCACCCGUUACAGAAACCAAAAAAGGGCCGACAGCCUCGUUCAGUCAGGAGACCCUGGAAAGUGUGAAAAAGUGUAAGAACUUCCUGGUGACGCUGAUCAAACUGGCUUCAGGUGACUCCAGGUCUGCCACCAUGGCUAACAACGUCAGAGGACUGGUCAGGAGCCUACUGUUCUUUUACCCACAGGAAGGAAAGCUGGAAGCAGAGGAGUUUACAGAACAGCUGUACAAUGAACUGAAGUCCACUCCACAGCCGUGCUUGGUGCCUUUUCUCAAGAAAAGUCUUCCUGCGGUGCGUUGCCUCACUGCAGACCCCCAGCUGUUUGUCCAACAGGCUUCGACUUCCAGCUGCAACGCCACAGGUCUGUCUUCAACAAUGAAACAGUCCAACACUGACACAGGACAAAAUCUCAACACCAGCCAGCAGGGUGUCCAACAGGUUCGAGAGGUGACUCUGAGACCUGGGCUGACAACAUUAGCCCAAUCUAGAAAUUACAUAACGAAGCGGAACGGACCCACCCCCAGAUUCGCUGGAGUACAGCCAGGAAAACACUUCUCAGGAGCUUUUCUAGUGAAGCAACCCUUCACCCGGGAUCUUUCUCAUCCUACCAAAUUUGCUUUCAAAGACAAUUCAGGAUCUUACAAAGAAGAUGACGACAUAAAUGACGUCGCCUCCAUGGCUGGAGUCAACCUGAGAGAGGAGAAUGCGCAGAUCUUGACCUCUGUGGUUGGUUCUGUGGUGCAGUCAUGUCAGGAUCAGCUCUUCCUCUCACCUCCCCCGAUGCUCAGCCGGAUCCUUCGUACAGGUCAGCCGCUGGGCAUAACUGAUGUGGGUCCCGAGGUUGUUGCUCUGGUUUCUCAUGCUACUCAAGAGUGUCUUCGCGGGAUCCUGGAAAAGCUCACUGUAAUGGCAGAGCACCGCAGAGGAGCCCUGAAGGAGGACGAGUGCCACGGCAAAAUGAGCGAUGUGCGCUCUCAGCUUCGCUUCCUGGAGGAAGUCGAGAGUUUGAAGAAGAAAAGGAAGGAUGAGGAGGAGAGGGAACGACUGCUCCGUUUGGCUCGAAGUCGCUCGCACGCUGAGGAUCCUCAGCAUCAGCAGCUCAAGCAAAGAGCCAAAGAGUUACAGCAAAUAGAAGAAGCUCAGCUUCAGCAAAGAGAGGCCAACCUCGCUGCUCUAGCUGCCAUUGGUCCUCGAAGGAAGAGACCCCUGGAUCAGACCGAGAGCCAGGUUUCCCUGCUGCCCAGACCUGGUGUUCAGAGAGUGACUCGGGUGAUGCUGAAGGAUCUGCUGGUGUGUAUGGAGCAGGAGCACUUCCUACGUCACUCUCUCACUCUGUACAAAGCAAUGCUUUGAUUAUCUUUACUUUGUCUAAUAGUAAUCUUUAUUUUGAGUUUAUAAGAUCCCAGGUUUGGGUGUAUUCUGUUAGUGUUUCUACUGAAUGUUUGUUGAUCAAAGACUUUAGUUUGUCUUUACUUUUAUAAAGAGUUUAUUUUAUUUAUUUAUUUGUUCAGAAAGUAUAGUGCUGGAUCCUUGAUGGCAGCUAGAUGGUCUAAGCAGGACUCAUCGUUUUGGUUGAUUUGUUUUCUUUAAAAAAAAAAAAAAAGGAAAAGGAAAAUUCCAGUUGAGAAAUGAACUUGUUAGUUGGAAGACCCCUGUUUAAUGAAAUGAGUUUGAUGAAUGUUGUUAAAAAUACAGUGAGUGUGUGUUUCACUAUUAAAAAAGGUCAAACUCACUGGAUCUGGUCUUUGGCUCCUGUUGAGUGGCUCCAGGGACGGUAGCAUGGGUGUGUUAACUCACAUCUUUAGCCUAGAAUGAAACACCUCGGUCAUUAAAUGGAGUGCUGUGAAAUGUUAAACACAGUGACCUUCACUACAGGACGACUGUGGCCAUCCUUUAUUCCUUGGAAAACCUGUACAAUUGAUUCAAAGGAAAAUCUUUAAUGAAAUGGUCCCUUUUUGUGUUCAUGAAAACAGGUUUUACAAAUCAAAUCUGAAAGAAACCACCAACAGUCAGGGGAGUUUGCCUGUUUAAGUCCAGAUUUUACAAGUGUACUUAUUAUUGGGUUUUUACAAUAGUCCUUGUUUCAUCGUUUUCUGAAUGGAGAAAAUGCCUUCAAAAAUUAAAUAUAGCAAAUGUUGGCAUGCUAAUAUGCUAACUCAUCAACUUCGUAGACAUACAGACGCUAAUAAACAUCUGCACGUUGACAGUUUUGCCAUGAAAACAUAUAGCUCGCUGAGGAUUACAUUAAA